AUGUUACUCCGCUUCGAGUCUCAGAAUGGGCAAUUCAGGUUGGAUGUCCAACCCACCGAUCUGUUCCCUUCGUUAGCGUCCAAAAUACUUGACAACCUACCUACCAAUACUGAUACCGCCACACUCAAGCUCUCAAACAGGCCAAUAGGGCUUAAUCCUGCCGACGAAAGAUACUUGAAAGACCUCACGAAAAUUCGACUUGAACAGGUUGGACUUCACCAUGGCGAUAAGCUGUACAUUGGUUAUUCAGAAGUCUCACAAUUGUCAAAUGGGCACGUGAAUGGGACGACAACAUCUCGCUCCAACUUUGUUACCUCGAAUAGCUUACAUGGGAGGUUGGUUCCUGAGGUAUCAGCAACAACACCUCUACCCACAACAUCACCCAGCGCAGUCAUCAAGAAUCCUUGGGACGUCAUAAAGCAGUCGCCACUGGAUAAUAGACUGGAUCAGCAGGAUGGCAAAAUUUCGCGGCCAAAAGACCAGAAGAUGUGUCGCCAUGGCCCGAAAGGAAUGUGUGAUUAUUGCAUGCCUCUGGAGCCGUACGACCCAAAAUACUUGGCAGAAAGGAAGAUCAAGCACUUGUCUGUCCAUUCAUACCUUCGGAAGAUCAAUUCGGCAACGAACAAGCCCGAGCUGAAGAGCUCAUACAUGCCUCCACUGAGCGAACCACAUUAUCGAGUACGCAAGAACUGCCCAUCUGGUCAUCCGCCAUGGCCCGAAGGCAUCUGCUCCAAGUGCCAGCCGAGCGCCAUCACUCUGCAGCCCCAGCAGUUCCGCAUGGUCGACCAUGUGGAGUUCUCUUCGCCUGACAUGAUCAACAAUCUGCUUGACUUUUGGCGUAAAUCGGGUAUGCAGAGAUUGGGAUUUCUCUAUGGCCGAUAUGAGGAGUACAAAGAAGUGCCAUUAGGCAUCAAAGCGGUGGUAGAGGCCAUCUACGAGCCACCUCAAGUCAAUGAAUUGGAUGGUGUGACGUUACAAGAAUGGCACAACGAGAAAGACGUGGAGGAGGUGGCUCAUUUAUGUGGUCUGGAACGUGUUGGAGUCAUCUUCACCGACCUUCUUCCUGCUCAGGACGGUGAAGGCCAAGCUAUAUGCAAGCGACAUAUCGAUUCAUUCUACCUAUCGUCAUUGGAAAUAGCUUUUGCUGCUCGGCUACAGGCUCAAUAUCCGAAACCGUCGAAGUGGAGUGAGAGUGGCCGUUUUGGUUCGAACUUCGUCACCUGUGUCAUCAGUGGUGAUGAAGAUGGUGCUAUUACCGUAACAGCAUAUCAAGCUUCGAACUCGGCCGUGGAGAUGGUGCGAGCCGAUAUCAUCGAGCCAUCCGCAGAUCCCUCGGUCAUGCUUGUGCAAUCCGAGGACGACGAAGGACUGACCAAUAAGUCAAGAUAUAUCCCUGAAGUCUUCUAUCGAAGAAUUAAUGAGUACGGAGCAAAUGUGCAAGAAAAUGCUAAACCGAGCUUCCCAGUGGAGUAUCUGCUAGUCACUUUGACGUACGGGAUUCCCAAUAAUCCCAAGCCACUUUUCACAAAUAGCACCUUCGCGAUUGAGAAUCGUGAGUUAAUUGGAACGAGCCAAGAAUUGAAAGAUGUCGCGGAAAAGUUGAAGCCAAAAGGCAGUGCAGAGCAAACAAUUCGAUCAGUCUCUGAUUUGCAUCUGCUAUGUUUCCUGCAUAAUCUAGGUGUUCUGAGCAAGGAUGAAGAAGCGCUUCUGUGCCGGGUGGCGACGACCCAUGAUCUUGCAGACGGAAUGCAGCUUUCAAGUACCCCAGGCUGGGCCACACUUAUUGCUAUACUAAGGGAGAGUGGUGAGCGGCCCCCCAAGCGUUCAUGGCCUUUGGACACUGGAGAUGACUCCAUCCCUGGAACUCCGUCAGAACAUGUUGCUAAGCGGCUCAAGGGAGCUAGCCUAAGUUGA